AUGCGUUCAGUCCUCGUCUCGUUCUGUGCCGCCGGCCUGGCCACAUUUGCGCAUGCCUACACCCAGCCAAAGGCAUUAACGUGGGGUCCUCUGCUCACCCCGUCCCUGAGUGAUCCGGUUAAUCAAGGAAAGCAAUUUAACGUCACUUGGGACCCCGAAGAACAUCCCACCGAUGGGGUCACCGUGAGCCUUGUUCUCUGCCGUGGUCCUCCUUCCAACUGCGUGCUGGCAGAUACGGCGAUUGCUUCGGGCAUACCAGCCGGCCAGAAGUCCUACGACUGGACGGUUCCGUGCGACUUGGCUCCCGGCGGGGAUCACGGCAUGCUAAUCAUUGUUGACGGCACUGGUGAAUACCAAUACUCCACUCAAUUCUCCUGCCUCGAGAACCCGAAAUGCUCCAGCGCGACCCCCUCCAACACGACCAGCUCCGCCACCGCCAGUGGCUCAGUCAUCAUUCUGCCACCGUCUCAACAGACUGGUUCAUCAUCAGCGCCCGGAAACAGCACGGCACCACCUACCACCACGGGCACCGACGGGUGGGCCAGCGCAACCACGAUCAUCACCUCAGGUUCAACGACAUACACUGUUGGCUCUGGCUCGACCUGGGCCUCCAAUAUUCCAGGCACCACAGUCAUCAAUUCCGCCAGCCCUGCGACCACUGCUGCUGCAGGCACUUCGCUGGCCAGCGGCUCCACAGGUUCGGCAUCAGCGGGAGCAGCGAGCCCUUCAGCUUUCGCGGGAGGUGCGGGACAAUUGGCAUGGAACACUGCUGGUGUUCUCGUCGCCGGCGCGGCUGCUUUGUUCAUAUUGUAG